CCCACCAGUAAUUAUAACAACACGAUCAACAAUUACAAUACGAUCAACAAUGAACAAAAUGAUGUGGCUCGUUUUAGGUGUACUGAGUCGACAUUCUCCGCUUUGAAAGAAGGAAGCAACCUGGAAAUUACAAUACAAGUUUUUUGCUCGUUUUCAUUCUUAAUUUUUCAUAUGAUUUACAGCGAAGCAUUGAAGGAAUCAAAUAACGACGAAGACAUCGAUUCUCUGAAGAAGUAUGUGAUGAUUUCAACACUCAUUCAAGAUAUUCCGUUCUUUGCUAUCCGUGUUGUCGUUUGGAUACUGUACGGGUUUGAGAAUCAGUUCAUUUUUUUGGUGAAAAAUGUAGUAAUAACGAGUCUAUUCUCUCUCGAAUUAUGCCAAUGCUGCUCAUCAGUCGAAUCAGAUGCAGAAAGUCAGACCUAUCCCUCAUCAAGCAGAGAAAUAGAAAGAAAUCCAAGAGAAAUGCAAAGCGAUGGAAAAGAAAAUCAAAAAAAUAUAAGGACAGGCAGAAAAAAGCAGAGAAAUGCCAAGCAGCCGAGAAGUCAAACAAAUCGUGGAUUUGACGGUAAUCACUGAUGUGAUUGAAUAUUAACUUGCACAAAGUAUGACACAUUUUAUUCCAGCGUCCAAAGAAUAUAACAAAUUCACAUUCACUGUGGAUAUGCUAAAACAAAAAAAUUGGGCGACACUUUGAUAACCGCACGGGGCACAUUUCUAAGAAUCAUUAUAUCCAAAAAUAGACUUAGUUGGCGCGUCGGCUUUCCUUUUACUUUCAUGUUGACGAGCACUUUUGUAGGAUUUUACAAGCGUAUCAGAACGGGCCUAAUUAUUUCUAAGAAGAAGUAGAAAAAUAAUUCAAAAUUAUGACGUUUUAAACUGAAUUGGAAGACAAAGUAUGAGAACUUAAAUUCCAGAGUUUUCCAACGUCCAAUGAAUCAUAAGGAAUGCGCAUUCACUGUGGAUACUAUGCUAAACAGACAAUUGGACGAGACUUGUUUUGAAAACAGUAUGAGAUCGAUUUCGUGGAAUAUCUAAAAAUAGAUUUUAUUAGUCAUCGCGUCUUCUUACCUUAAUUAAAUCUUAUGAUUGACAUGCCGCCCUUCCUCUGUGAGCACCUUUGUAGGAUUUUACACGUGCAUCAGGACAUGCCUAAUUAUUAUUCAUCAGAAGUAGAAAAUAAAAAAGCGUUUUAGCAAAGAGUCGAUGCCACAAGAAAGCAUAUCAUCUUAUCAACCUUUCGUAGGAUUUUACGAGCGUAUCAGGACAUGCCUAAUUAUUAUUCAGCAGAAAUAGAAAAUAAAAAAGCGUUUUAGCAAAGAGUCCAUGCCACAAGCAAACAUAUCAUCUUAUCAAUCGACGCAGGGAAAAUAAUCUUGAUGCAAGAAUUACCACAGCCAGUUUUGCCGGAACCUGUUCAAAUGCAAGAAGGACAAGGAACGCCGAACACGGAAGUAGCAAACCAACCAUACGAAAAAGGCGCCCGAUGGCUGAAAUGUGCAACAGUUAUCGUUUGCAUAGUCAACUUCUUCUACAUCGUAGGCAUAGCAGUACUCAUUGGGAUACUGAAAGGCUGGUAUUACUCGAUUCACUGCUUUAUUAUCUCCUUGUUAUGUCUGUUGAGUUUUGUGUCAACUGUAAAAGCAAAGACAAAACUUGAGAUAAAAAUUGCCUGCUGGUUAAGCUGUUCAAAUUUGGUUCUAGUUUUGAUGACUUCCUUUACCUUGCUGACCAGACAAGCCUACUAUCAUUCGUCCCAUCUAUUUGAUGCCAAAUGGGUAGUAUUUUCUCUCCAAGCGAGUAUCAUCCCUCUUCUUGCUGGUAUACUAGUGAUGUAUGAAUGCAGCAUCAAGGAGCUUUACAAGGACCGUUUCAUUUUAAUGAGAGCAGUUCUCGACUUUGCGGAUAUAUGGGAGAUGGCCUCGUAUCUUUCACAGAACAAACCACCUUUCUUAAAAGAAGAAAGUCCAUUAGAAAUAGCAAUGCAAUUCUUUUGCUCCUCCUCAUUUACCGUAUUUUCUCUUCUAAUUUAUAAAAAUAUCACACAUGAGGCUUUAAAAUUAGUGUUUAAAAACAAGGACCAACCAGCUUCGCAGCAAGAUAAAGUCAACCAUGUCUUGGUGCAAAACUACCUCCAAUCU